AUGAUAUCUUACUACGAACAAUAUUCCUUUAUUGCAAUCUUAUCCUCUCAUGUAAAGCUCCGAGAAGUCUACCAAAAUACAUUGCGAGCUCGCCAUAACCCGAUUUUUAUCAACACACUGGGAAUGCCAGUGGUUAUGAACCGCGACGUCUCUCUAUGUCAACUCGGUGAUGAUGCAAUUGCAGGCCGAUUGUUGUACGUAAAUGCACACUGGGCAGCGAAAUUUAAUUUACGUCUGGAGCACCAUAUUCAAAGGCAAUCCAUACGAAGAAGUAAUUUGGUGAAUCACCACGUCGUCGUAACGAACGUGCUGGAACUACAAGUAAAAUGUCAAACUACUACAUCAUCCGCUGUGAAACGUGGCACAUAUUUGUCAGAAAAUAGAAUCAGUUUCUUCGCACCAACACCAUCAAGGUGGAAAUGA